AUGGCCGAUACCGAAAUGGAUGUCGAUGUCGAUGUGCCUUCGUCACCGCAAGAGCAACGAAAUGACCCCAAAAAUGCUUCCAUGACAACUCAUUCGAAUGCGACAGCUGUACGAUCUAUCGAAGGCUGGAUCAUCAUCGUCACAAAUGUACACGAAGAAGCGAGCGAGGAGGACAUCAAUGACAAAUUUGCAGACUUUGGAGAGAUCAAGAAUCUUCAUCUAAACCUGGACAGAAGAACAGGAUACGUCAAGGGUUACGCCUUGAUUGAAUAUCCAACAUUGGAUGAGGCAAGAGCCGCUAUUGAUGGUGCGCAUAAUUCCAAGUUGCUGGAACAGACGGUUGAGGUGGACUUUGCAUUUGUUAGACCGCCACCAGGAGGAAAACCAAGAGGAGGUCGGACACCUGCCAAAGGUAGAGCAAGAAGCCGAACGCGCAGUCCAACUGGUAGAGACGGGGGCGAUUGA